UUUUCAGGUGUCCAUUUCUCAUAUUUCCGCAAGCAAUCUCCAAAAAUAUGCUACCCUUUUUACCAGCUACAGACAGAAAUUUCUACGUUAACUAAGUUACAACAAAGGUAAAAGAACUGCCUCCCAAUCAAUCCAUCCAUCAUUGAAGUUCGCAAACCUUUUUUUUUUAACCCCUACGGAAGAAGUCUUGCUAGCUAGUCAUAGGAAUUUAAGUUCAAUGGAUGCAAGAAAAAUAGUGGUGGUUGUGGAAGAUGUAGAUGUGGCGAGAACAGCCCUGCAGUGGACUUUACACAAUCUUCUUCGUUAUGGGGAUUUGAUUACUCUGCUCCAUGUUUUCCCAUCAACAAGAUCUAGGAACAAGAACAAGCUCAGACUUCUCAGGUUAAAGGGCUUCCACUUGGCUCUUUCCUUCAAAGAUAUCUGCAACAAUUUCCCAAAUACCAAGACUGAGAUUGUUGUGACUGAAGAGGACCGAGAAGGAGGAAGGAUUGUGACCAUUGUUAGAGAGCUUGGAGCUUCUACUCUUGUAGUUGGGCUUCAUGAUCAGAGCUUUCUGUACAAGUUGGCAAUGGACCACAACAAUAUUGUGAACGCUUUGAAUUGCAAAGUCCUAGCCGUCAAAGCCCCAACAUCAAUGGCGACAAGGACUAUUUCUGUGCCGGAUAGUUCAACCAACAUGGACUUCUCCCAAAUUGAAAUUUCUGCAUUAAGCAUACCAGAAAUUCCUCCUCAAAAAAUUCCUUACCAGCUUUGUCCAGACCCUUCCGCCAUUAUAUGGAGAUCAAGAAGAAGUUUAAGAAGAAAAUUUUGACCAUUCCUUCUUCAAAAUAGUUAACUGAUGGAUGAUGUAAUAGUUGUUGACUCACACA